ACUGCACAUGAUGAGGGACGCAGAUGGUCUUCACACUUCAAUCAGCUUAGCAGUUUGUUCACUUACCAUUUGAAAACAUGACCAGUGACGGCAGAAAGCAGGAUUUUGAGGUGUCUACAGACCCUGAGGUCCAACUCGCAUCUAGCGAGGUUGGUAGAUGGAGGGUACUCUCAAACAUCUCACGAAAGAUCUGGGGUGAUGACCCACGAGAGCGUAAAUAUGUUCGGAAGUUGGACACCUUCCUCUUCUCUUACGUGCUUCUCGGUUAUUUCAUCAAGUACCUCGAUCAGAAUAACUACAGUAAUGCCUUCGUCAGCGGCAUGCAGGAAGAGCUUGAUCUUUAUGGCAAUGAGAGAAAUCUCCUGAAUACAUACUUCAACAUCGGUAUUAUCUUGGGUACUAUUCCAGCGCAGAUGAUCCAGUUAAAGUAUGUACGUCCGUCGAUUUGGAUACCGGCGUGUGAACUCGGGUGGUCUGCCUUGACAAUGAUCAUGGCGAGUGCCAGGAAUGUGGAGACGCUGUACGCUUUGCGCUUUUUCAUAGGGCUUCUCGAGUCAUGUUCCUUCCCAGGUUUCGCUAGCAUACUGGGGAGUUGGUAUGGCAAGUCUCAACUCGCCAAGCGUAUGGCUUUGUUUGAGCAGACAGCUGCGAUUGCUGGUAUGUUCAGUGGAUACCUCCAGGCAGGGCUUUUCACUGGUAUGAAUGGGACAGCUGGGCUGUCUGGCUGGAGGUGGCUCUUCAUCAUGGAUGGCGUCAUCUCGAUACCGAUCGCUUUGUAUGGAUUCUUUGCGCUUCCUGAUUUACCACACAACACCAGAGCUUUCUACCUUCAGAAAGAAGACCGUGAAUAUGGCAUGGAGCGCAUCAAAGCUAUGGGUCGCAUAUCACCAUCGAAGUUAACCCUGAAGGCCAUCAAGGAGAUAUACACCUCAUGGCAACUUUGGGCUUUCAUACUUCCGUACCUCAUGGUAGCUGAAGCUGGGUCCGGUACCGGGUAUUUCAACCUCUUUCUCAAGUCGGAGGGUUAUAGCGUCGUCAAGACGAACAUCCUCCCGACGAUAGGGAACGCCAUACAGAUAGUCGCAGCGUUUGCUAUGGGCUGGCUUUCAGAUGUCACGGGUAGUCGAGUAAUGACGGUGAUAUUCGUACAGGUAAUGGUGCUUGUGUCGAACAUCAUGCUGUCAAUAUGGAACGUUCCUAAGGCGGCUUUGUUUGCGGCCUUCUAUUUAAGCUAUACCGGCGGUGCGGCUCAGCCAAUUGUCAUCAGCUAUGGGCACGAGAUCACGCAAUCCAAUGCAAAUCUCCGACAACUGCUGGUCGCUACGGGCAACAUCUUUACCUACACCUUCAGUGCUUGGAUGCCCGUUGUGUUAUUUCCAACAUAUGACGCCCCCAAGUACAGGUAUGGGUACCAGAUACUCAUUCUCUUCGGCGGGCUUGCCGUUGGGGGCAUGUAUCUGCUUGACUUUCUGUACAAACGGGACUUGUGGGUUCGAAUUCUUGGAAAUGAAACCAUAAGAAAAGCAUUAACGUUCAAGUAG